AUGCUGUCGUCGGCCGAUGUGGAAGUGGAUCAUCGGAGGGAAGCAGGAUAUAAGCUAUUAUCACUUACGCUCGCUUCUCAUUCGUGUCUGAAAGCUCGUCUGUCAGCUCGGCUUACGGCUACGGAAAUGCCUAGCGAGAUGAUCUAUUCUCCCAUACGUUUUGUGGCAUACAAAUGGGAGCAGUACCACCACUACCUUCAGCACGACCUGGUGCUGUGCUCCCGAUGCUUUGUCACAGCGGCCGAGGCAUGCCGUUGUGCUUGCAUGUUCGACGUGCUUCCGCGCGGUCGCUGGGGAGCAAGACGGGUGAAGCGCUUUUCGGGCACUCGUAUUGCUUGA